AUGAGGCGGGGGAGUGGCUUGACCAUCGGCCUGCCGUUGGCGGCGGCGGCGGCGGCAAGCGCACCCCGCGCGCGCCGCCUGCGGUCGCUUGAGAACAACGUCGCUCGUGCGCUUGCCGAGGACCAGGCGCUUCUUGUGGACGGCAUCCUCGCGGCUUAUGAGGCGCUGGCGAGCCCCGGCACGCUGACGCGGUUAGAAGACCAGCGAUACUUUGCGCUGGACGCUGACAUGGCGGCACCGCCCAUGAGAGGUGGCGCGCGAAACCACGACGACGAUGCCCACCGUCGCACCAACGGCCAUGGGGCAUCGCCGGGGCUGCACGCACUGCGGCUUCUAAAUGAGGUGGAUGUGGCGAUUGCGUGGUGUGAGGGGAAGUCCGCAGUGACGGCGCGGCUGUUUCCCCCGGGGGUUUUGCUGCAGCGCACCCAGCGCGGACGCGCCUUAUCCUCUGAGGGGAGCGGCAGGGCUGUGCCGAAGGGAAUGCCGUUGUCUUCUGAACCGAUUUCCUCCAGCUGGCAGGAGGUGCAGGAAACAGAGCACUACGACGCAUUACAGGAAUACUGCGAUAAUCGGGACCCCAACAUUGAGAGUCGAAGUCUUGCAUGGCCAAACGAUAGACGACUCUCGUCGCCGUCGUAUGUGGCCCCACGCGGUGUACCCGAAGACGUGUACACCUCGCUGCCAUCAUUACCACUACCACCAGCGGCGGCAGUGGCAGCGGAAACAACAACAACAACAGGGACAGUGGUUCAAUCCUCAUUGAUUUCAACAGUGCGUGGAUCUCAGGGAGACAGCGUUGUAUGUAACAUGGGAUUCGAUAGGUGGACUGCUAGGCAGGUAGCAGCGCAGGCACACAUUGAUCAGAAGCGGCUGUGGCUGCUUCGAUGUGACGCAGAGGAGACGGUGAGACGGUACGCCCUCGCGGUGGAGGAGCGGGUGGGACGUGUCACGUUACUCGUUACUGCACGUGAGGAAAUAGCUGCAGGUUUGGAUGCAGAAACACGGGCACAGACUGUGGAACCGCCAAUGCUCUAUGAAAAGGAUCCAAGCGAGGCAAGAGUGUGGAUGCAGCGGCGGCUACAUGCUCAGGAGAUUCUUCUGACCCCCGUCGUCAGUGCUGUGAAGAAGGGAGAGGGAGAAUAUGAGGCUGCGUGCCAAGCGCAGCUGCAGGAGGCUGCGACGUGUCUUUUGCAGAAUGGGGAGAAAACGAUGACAGGAGCUUCGUCUCCUGUGAAAGAAACACGGAUGCCUCUCAGCGGUGCCUGCACGGCAGAGGUGGGGUGGGCAUCCUUCACAUACAGCCUCUUACGUGAGGCAGAGCAGUCGCAGCGAGUGCACCUCGAACGCGAGGCACAUCUCUCGUGGAAGCUUUUGUUAGCACAGUGGCAAACGGUGCUGAACCAUGUUAACGCUCGCUGCCUCCUUGCUGCUAAGGAAGGCCUCAUUCAUGCGAUGGCGGCUGGCAUUAAUGGUUCCGCCUCCACCCAGCCGAAGUCGAGCGCCCUCUGA